UCAUGUGCUCUACUGAAAGACUGGAGACUGAGAGAAAAAGCUGCCAAAGCCUAAAUAAAAUUCUUCACAAAGCCUGGAGAACUGUUUAACAAGAUACCUAUAAAAUAAUCUAAGAGGUAAUGUCCUCUUGAAAGCAAAGUACAGACAGGAGUGAUAUUUUGCUCUCAGCAGCAUGGAUAUUAUGAACCUGUCCUGGGGGUGUUUCACCAGCAGGGGGCGCGGCACGUUGGAGGGGAUUAAUUGACUGUCCAUCGCCGGAGGAGGGAACCUGCCCUCCUGGGUCUCUGACCACUACUCCUCCUCCUCCUCCUCCUCAGUAGAAGUGCGGUCCAUGUGGAGGAAACAGCUAUGUGAUUGUAGCUAGAAUGUACGGAUGAUUAAUAUAAAUGGCUCCUCUCAAAAGGAAACUAUAUCAGCGUUUGCUGCUUUUUGCGAUCUUUUUACCAAUCACAGGUGUUUUAAGCUUUAGUGAGUUACUCUUUACCAAGGAACCCCAUGAUGUCACCGUCAUGCGGAAAGAAGCCACUAUUUUGGAUUGCCAGGCACAUGGAGAGGCACCCAUUGACGUUAGAUGGCUCAAAAAUGGAGUGAAAAUUGUUCCGAAUGAACGGGUUUACCUGCUCUCCAAUGGCUCCCUUUUUAUCUCAGAGGUGGAGAGCAGAAGAGGAGACAAAUCAGAUGAAGGGUGCUAUCAGUGCCUUGCUCAGAACAAGUAUGGAACAAUCUUGAGCCAGAAAGCCCGUCUUACAAUCGCAAGUAUGUCCACUUUUGCACUCCAGCCGACAUCCAUAGUGGUGACGGAAGGCUCCGUUGCCAGGUUUUCCUGUAAAAUCAGUGCGCACCCUCCUCCCAUCAUCACUUGGGAGUUCAACCGGGUCACAUUACCCCUCUCCACUGAAAGAAUUACAGUCCUGCCCAGUGGUGUUCUUCAGAUCCAGGGGGUGCAGCGAGGGGAUGCUGGACACUACCGCUGCAUCGCCACCAAUAUUGCCAGCCGUCGUAGAAGCACAGAGGCAACCCUGACUAUCACCCCAGCUCCACUACCCCAGCUACCCCAGAGACCCCGCAUCAUCGCUGGACCUCAGAACAUUUCAGUGUCCUUGCAUCAGACUGCCAUCCUGGAAUGCCUGGCCACAGGCAACCCCCGACCCCUUGUCUCUUGGAGCCGAGCAGACACCAAAUCUAUUGACGUGCACAACACCAAGGUACUGGGAAAUGGCAACCUCAUUAUCACAGACAUCAAGCCCCAACAUGGAGGAGUCUACAUGUGCAGAGCCACCACUCCUGGCACACGAAACUAUACCGUCGCUUCAGCCAACGUCACCGUGCUGGCACCACCUUCUUUUGUGGAGUGGCCUGAAAGCUUGACCCGUCCGCGUGCCGGCACCGCCCGUUUUGUGUGCCAUGCUGAGGGAUAUCCAGCACCUCAGGUCACGUGGUUUAAGAACGGAGAGAAAGUCCACUCCAAUGGCCGAAUCAAGAUGUACCAUAGCAAACUGGUCAUCAACCAGAUCAUUCUUGAAGAUGACGCCAUUUAUCAGUGCCAGGCGGAAAAUGAGCUGGGAUCUGUUCUGUCCAUGGCAAGGCUCAUUGUGGUGAUGUCAGAAGACCGGCCAAGCGCUCCCAGGAACAUCCGAGCUGACACUGUGUCGAGCUCGGCCAUCCUCCUGGCUUGGGAAAGGCCUCAGUACAACGCGGAUAAAGUCAUUGCUUACUCUGUUCAUUACAUGAAAGCUGAAGGAUUGAACAAUGAGGAAUAUCAAGUUGUCAUUGGAAACGAUACGACCCGUUACAUUAUUGAUGAUCUGGAGCCGGCUCGCAACUACACCUUCUACGUGGUGGCCUACAUGCCGAUGGGAGCCAGUCGCAUGUCGGACCACGUCUUCCAGCACACGCUAGAGGAUGUUCCCCUGCGGGCCCCAGAGCUCAGCCUCACCAGCCACAGCCCCACAGACAUCCAGGUGUCUUGGCAGCCGCUCCCUCAGAAGCUGAGCCGUGGUCGAGUUUCCAGCUACCGCUUGUCCUAUCGUAUCAGUUCCGAGAGCAUAGGAUCACAAAUAGAGCUACCAGGAGAAAAGACUCAACAUCGUCUGGAAAGCCUGCAGCCUGACACCAUCUACCUUCUGUGUAUUGCUGCUGCCACCAGUGUCGGGUGGGGGGAGCAAUCCGCCUGGACGUCUCACCGCACUCCAAAGGCAUCUAGUGCUCAAGUUCCUCUGGCUCCAGAGCUGUAUCUGGAACCCUUAAACUGCACCACUAUUUCAGCCCGCUGGCAUUUGACUCCCAGAAACUCGGUCAGACUUCUGGGCUACAAACUUUUCUACCACGAGGAAAGCCAACCUGAGAGCCCCCCACUGCAGCUGCAAGCUUCAGCUCAUAAACACACCAUCGAAGGCCUCGACCCAAGAAAGAAGUACCACGUCAAGCUUCUGGCUUAUAAUGCUGUUGGAGACGGAUACCAGGCAGACCAGACCAUCAGCACCCCCGGAUGUGUCUCUGUUCGAGAUCGCCUGGUGCCACCUCCACCUCCACCUAACAACGUUCAGGCCCGGACCAACAGCUCCAGUGCUGUGUUUCUACACUGGGGGCGACCAGCCUUCACCUCCAGCAAUGUGGUCAACUACACAAUCCGCUGCAACCCUGUAGGCCUUCAGAAUGCCUCGCUGGUUCUCUACCUGCAGACGAACGAGCAGAGCCUCUUUGUGCAAGAUCUGGAGCCCAACACCAAGUAUGAGUUUGCUGUUCGCCUCCAUAUUGACCAGCUCUCCAGCCCCUGGAGUCCUGUGGCGUACCAGACCACGUUUCCUGAAGCUCCCACGAGACCUCCGUCCAACAUCAAAGUGUCCCUGAUUGAGGCGGACACAGCACUUGUCUCAUGGAAACUCCCAGAUGAACCCAAUGUAGCUGUGACACACUACACCAUCUUGUAUGCCUCUAGAACUGCCUGGAUGGCUGGGAAAUGGAAAGUGCUGCAAAAAGAAGGGAGCAUCACCAUGGCGCUGCUGGAGAACCUGAGCCCUGGUCAGGUUUACCUGGUGAAGGUGUCUGCCUCCAACAGCAUGGGUGAUGGACCCUAUUCAAAUGCGGUGGAGCUGACUGUUAGAUUAGAUCCCUCCUCUGGUGGUGAUGUUGGACUUUCUCGUGGCUCCACACUUUCCACAGGGUUUUCUGAUGGCUUCUACCACCUGGACCAGAAGUCCAUGACCGGUAUCACUGUGGGAGUCUGCAUCGCUCUCAUCUGCAUCAUUAUAUGUGCCUUCAUCAUCGUCUGCAGAGGCAAAAACAGGAAAUUUUCUGCAGUUAAAACUUACACAGAAGAAGUGACAACAACUGCUGCUGCUUCAAUACUUCUGGGAUCUGAGGGACACGCUCAGAUCACUGAGAUGGCCGUGCCAAUGAUGAGUCAGAGACAUUUCAUCGAUGCCAAGGGUGGAACAAAUCUCAUCAUCAAUUCUCUCGGCCCCAUUCAACACAUCACUGACAAGGACAGGAAAUGGUAUUUCUUCAGAUCUGAUGUGAAAAAGGGCAGUAAAGUCAUACAGGACAUGGAACACAGCGUCCUGUCCUACCAGCCAGGAACCACAGUGUUGGCCUAUGAAGAAGAGUUGUCAGGGUCUCCAAACCAGCCCACCCCUCUCCAAAGUCCCUGUGAUGCAGAAGGAUCCUCCAACAGCGAGGGCAGUCACGAAACUGGUGACUCGGGUCGAUAUUCUCACGACGAGACGGAGUUGACCAACUUGUCCUCCGGUCCAAACAGUCGUCCACCAACUCCGACAGCAGAGGACAGUGAAGACUCAGAGGCCAGUGGUUCCGCUGGAGAGCCGCAUGAGGAGAGUCGCGUUCACCUGAAGGGAAAAGAGUCUGUUGUUACUGACAUCAGUCAUCAGGAAGCCCACUGCAGUUAUCAGUCUGCUCUCCCUGUGUAGACGUGUGUGUGACCAUGAGUUUGCAUGUGUGUGUGUUUGAGGGCAGUGAGAGACUUGUAGAAAAACGGGUAAGCAGAAUACAUGGUAAAAAACUCUGAUUUUAUGAAACUUUGGAACAUAAAACUAGACCAGAGAGUUUUUAUCACUCUCCUAUCAGCUGUAAACUAGAAACGUCCCCAUGUAGACACCAGAGCCGUCAGUUUCCCUACAGUGAGUCCAAACAAGACUGUAAUUAUUUUUAUUUCAACGGCUGCAGGUCUGAAUGCCAGGGUGGGAGUUUUGUGAGCCUGAGAGGAAAGAAAAAAAGCAAAAUAGAGAUAUAUUUAUUUAUAUUUUGCUUCACUGAAACAAGAAACCAAAAAAAUGCCUAAAAAAAGAAACAUUGGCUGUGAGAAUGAUAAAAUUUUCUUCACUUCUUUUUUUUUAUAUUUUAGUGAACUUUUUUUAAAUUUGUGUAUGUUUUGAAAAAAAGAAAAAAAAUCUCACCAACCUUGAAUGUUUAAAGAAGAUUGUCUUAAAUGUUGUAAAAUGUGACAUUUUUGACAUUAUUUAUGAGAGUUUAUCACUGGAGCAGAAGGGAAUCGUGAGUCCUUUUUGCUGAUUAUCUACCUCAGUUUGCCUCUGGGUGAACGUCCCACUGAAUAUUUAAUAACUACUUGUGUUACAUGAUGGUCUGCUUUAUUCCAUCACAUGUUUUACUUCCUGAUGACUGUUUUCUGAUCGUCAUCCCGUCGUUUUGUCUGUUGCGUUGUUUGAUUUGGUGGAUGGUAAGGGCGCUGCAGCCUCCUCUCGCUCCACCGGCUGUGUGGAAUGAAGGACUGAAACACACACACUUUUGUUAUUUAACUCCUCAGGUGUUGCUGAGGUACUGAGCCAGUAUUAAUAAUAUUUCUGCUCAUUUAGUCCAUUAUUGAGAAGUGGAAUGUCCGUUAUUGUUUUGUACGUCAGUGUGCAGCUGCCCUUGCUAAUCCGGUUUUAUACUACCUGGUUUAAGAUGUUCUUGUUUUAUUGUCUUAUUCUUUAUUUUCCUAAAACUCAGGGAACAUGGUUUAGUACAUUUGAAAAGUAAUGUAGUGUUACAUGGUGAACUGACAGGGUAUCUUCUCAGUACUAAACUGUUAAUGUGAUUGCCAGAUAGAAAAUGACAAAAAAAUAGAAGAAGCUAUGAAUGUAUUUCUGACAUUGUGUGCCAGUAGCUCAGAUGUUUGAUGGAAACCUCUGUUGUUUCUGUCCAAGUACCACAACGUCUGUUUUUACGAGCUCCAGUGUUCUUCCUUUGAUUUGCAAAAGCAUUCACACCUGAAUCGCUUGCAGAGGCGUGUCUGGACUGAAAAGCUUUAUACUUGGCCUUAAUGUGGAAAGCGUCCCUCUAAUGGGGAAACUAGAGUCUUAGUCUGUGUGAGGGAGCAGCUCCACGAGAGGACGCGACACAUGAAGAAUGUUUGUGGAAGUGUUUAAUCAGAGAUUGAAGUGAAGAAUGAACACUAAGAAAUGUUUUACCUCUUAAAAAAAUCUAUUUUUCUUAGAAGAUGAUGUACACAGAGGAGUACUCUUUGUAGUUACUUUGUAGUUUUGUUUCUUUGCUGUAGAGUUGGUACAUAUUAGCACUUGUCGGCCUUGUAGUUUUGUAUGAAAAGCCGAUUUGCAGCGGUGACCGUGAAGCUUUAAACCCAAAGAGUUGUUUGCUGAUUGACUUUAUUUUAAGGCUCUCGACUGUUUGAAGGUUACUGAGGAACGAGAAGUAAUCAAAGCUCGUCAGACCAAAGAUGAAACGUAACCUUGGAGAUCAGUUGAGGUGCUGCUACUCAAACAAAGCCUUGCACAUUAGUGGCCUUGACCUGCAACGGAACGGGUGUAGAGGGUUGUGGGUUCACAGGAAGUGCUAACAGGCGCUUCACGGAGGGAAUAAUCAGUAAUAUGCAUAGUGACCAAAUGAUCCUUUUGCAGAUUUCCUCAUAAACUGUUGCAAACAGAUGUCUGUACAAUGUAGGUGAAUAUUGUAAAAUAAAUAUUGUUUAUUGUAUUGAUUAGUGGUCUGUCUUGCGGCAGUGCAGUUGUGUGAGAAUGUGCAUCCACUCGUUUUUGUCCUUGUCUUUUUAUUUAGGUUUUUAAGAGUUUACAAGUACAAAGUUAUUGCAGACUUGAGGUAUUUUAUGUGUGGAGAGGCUGUAGACUGUGGGUGCACAAAUGUUCUCAUGCUUCUGAAUUUUUAAUCAGAGGAUUCUGCAGAGGAUUCAAUCAUAGGAGAUGAGAAGUGACACAAUCAGUUUGUCUUUCUUUUAAAAGACAAACAAUAUAAACCAAAGAUUUGUUUUUGUGUCACCGCUGCAUUUAGACACAGUUUAAUGCAUUCUGUCUUCGUUAGAUUCUGUUUUCAGUGUUACCAGACUCAUUUAUUGACUCUGAUGUAACUUUCCCAUAAAUGAGAAUGUAAACAUUAAUCACUGAUUCCAACUAAAUACGUUUUUGUUGCAUUUGAAUCUGUUGUCAUUCGGGGUAAAAAUGUGUGAAAGAUCCAGAGGGGUCAUGUUGUCCUGCUUUUGCUCAGAUUUAAAUUCAAUGAUUUUUAUUGUCCCUGUAUUUGUGAAGUUUUAAAGACCCAACCUUGAAUCUAAACCAAGACUAAAAAUACUAAAACCAUUUAUUUUCCUUUUUUAACCAAUAACACUUUAUAAAAGGUGCUGUGCAAUGAAGAUACUGACUUCCAGUUUCAUAAAAACACAAAACACAUGAAUUAGUCAUAACCAAACAUGCCUACCAGAGUCCUACAGGUUCUAAGUUGGGCCUUUAAUAGUUCAUGCAGGUAAUCAAGUGCUACCUCAGAAAUUUUUGUUUGUCAUGUUUCUGUAUUGGAGCUUAUGAAAGACACUUGGGGGGCGUAUUACUGUAAGACUGAGGUCAAACAAGUGACCCAGGAUGUUAAUCAGCUGCUUCUCAUCCCAAUAAAUGCUGGAAAUAUGUUCUUGUCCAAGGAUGUGAAUAAAAAGGGAUCAAACUGAGAGUUUGGUCAGCAGAGAAACUGACCUGCUCUCUGUCCCCUUGUGAGUGGAGCAGCGCUGUGGGUCAUUUACAGACAUGCUCAGGGGGACUCACAGCUGCUCUCCCUCUAAAUAUAAACAGGUUACAAGCUUUGAAAUUGAAUGUACCUUUAUCUAAUUGUUAUACUAUCUGAUAUUCCUUGUUUAUGUUUUGCUAUAUUUUUGUGUCAGAAAAAUUAUUGCAAGUUUUUUUUAUUGUUUCAGAAAUGUUCAGGUAGAAACAUUUUAGAAAAUGCUUAAUCAUGAAAAAACUCUGAUUCUCAGUUUAAAUAAAAUUGUAAAAUAACCCUGGUGUCUGGAUUUUUUUUUAUAUCACACACUCUGUUUACCUCAGUAUUAUCAGUUUGCUAACUAUUUCUAUUUCAGCUUGGUUAAUCUUUUUGUCCUUCAGUAGAAAGAAAUAGUUGUUUAGCUGGUGUUUUGCUUAAAAAAUAAGCAAUUUUUUAAAAUUUAUCACAAGGUCACACAGCUGUAGCUAUGAGAUGAGUAGACUGCUUAAAAUAUCCACUGACCUAUUAAAAUAUAUAUACUAAGAUGACUUAAAGAUGCAAAGUUCCAUUGCACUUUACAGGGAUACUUUUGAAUUUGCAUGGACAAAUACGUUGAACAACAGGGCAAAUUGU